ACGCGGCGCGCUUGCGCACUGCUUCUCCAUGUGGGCUCCGGCAGUCAGCGGGCCCGGCUGAGCAGUGGCGCCGAGAACCCCUCGGCAACAGGACCCUGACACCAGCUGAGCAGCCUCCGCCGUCCUGCUGUUGCCCUCCUCUCUCGGCCUUUUCUCCCAGCGCACAUCGCCAUGGGCAAGAGCCGGACGAAGCGCUUCAAGCGGCCUCAGUUCUCUCCUACGGGCGACUGUCAAGCCGAGGCGGCGGCGAACGGGACUGAGGGAGAGGAGGACGACGAGCCGGCGGCGGAGCUGCUAGAAAAGCUCCAGCACCCGAGCGCCGAGGUCCGCGAGUGCGCCUGCGCGGGGUUGGCCCGGCUGGUGCAGCAGCGGCCUGCGUUGCCGGGCCUGGCGCGUCGGGACGCUGUGCGCCGCCUCGGGCCGCUGCUGCUGGACCCCAGCCUGGCGGUGAGGGAGACGGCGGCCGGCGCGCUGAGAAAUCUCAGUGCUUGUGGAGGUUUUGAAGUUUGUGAUGACAUGGUGACUAAGGAUAUCAUGACUCCUCUGGUCGCACUGCUGAAAGAGUGUAGUGCCGGACUGGAUUCAAAUGAGAUGUCUCCACAGGAAAAAAAAGAUCAGAACCGAAAUUCUAUUGAGAACAUAGCCAAUGAGGCCAUGAAUGUGCUGUGGAAUAUAUGUGAAUGCAGUAGUAGAGCAGUAUCUAUAUUCAACAAAGAAGGGUGUUUGGAGAUUGUAUUAAAGUAUUUAAGUAGGUUUUCCACCAAUGUUGACCUGGCUAUUUCAGUAGCAUAUUGUUUGCAGACAGUGACUGAAGAUAACCCAGAGCUACUGAACUCUUUCACUGCCCCAGCAUUGCAUGUACUGGAGUCAGCAAUGCUUUCUCCUGUCAGUUCCAUGGACUACAUUCUGUUAAAGACAUUGGUGGCAGGAACAGUUUGGAACCUAAAAGACAUUAUUCCAUCCAAGAGUCAGGCAGAAAUCAUAAAUGCCAUACUGAAGAUCUUAUCGGAAGUGUUGGAAGUGGAUGCUGGUGAAAUAGUUAUUCAAAUGAAGGAGGCAGAAACUCAAAGGUUAAAAGCGGCAACAGAGACGGAGGAGAUACAAGAGAAUGCCAAUGGUGACAAUCUGAUUGAAGAUGAUGAAAUGGAAGAAAUUCCUCAUAAAAGAAAAGUCAGAAGGAAAACUUUCAUUUCAGAUUUACUUCCACCCACUGACAAGGAACUGAGAGAAGCCAUAGCAUUGUUGACAGCUCAGCAGACUGCUCUGGAAAUUAUCGUCAACAUGUGCUGCAGUGAAGAUCCCUCCGACGAUGAGUGGGAAGAGCUUUCUAGCAGCGAUGAGAGUGAUGCAUUUAUGGAGAAUUCCUUCAGCGAGUGUGGUGGCCAGUUGCUCUCUCCCCUCUGCCUCUCCCAUGAGGUUCACACCGCUUUCACCAACUACCUCAUCCCAAAGAAGAUUUUUGAGAAAACUGCAUUUCCAAACAGCAUUGCAGUUGACCUAUGUUCUAGAAGUCCCACUUGGAAAUCUUUGGUUAGAAAGAUGAACACUAUUCAGUGCAGAGCCCUCGUGUGUCUCCAGAGUCUCGUAUCCCUCCUGGAUGUGGACCAUCUGGGGGGAGCCGCAGCUCUUCAGACACUUGCACAACAUCUGUCACAGCUGCUUUUUUCGCAGCCAGAUUUUGCUAAGCAUGUUGACUUUCUAGAAGCCAUAAGUAGUGCCUUGAGGGCCCUUUUGCAAACAAUGGCCUCCAAGAACAUUUCUCAGUGCAUGACUCCCGAUCAGCUGAUGACAUUGUGCACAGCCGGCAUUCAUAGUAGUAAUACAGGGGUGAGAGUAAACGUUGUUAGUAUUUUAGGAAUCACUGGCAGCGUCCUUGCCAAAGAAGAUGGAACACUGGAAACUCUUAAGACCAUCGGGUGCUUUCUGCUUGAGGUUGCCACUAAAGAUCCCUCCCUCGUGGUGGCAGGGGAAGCCUUGGAUGCCCUCUUCGAUGUUUUUGCAGAUGGGAAAGAAGCUGAAAGGGCCUCAAUUCAAAUUAAACUGUUGUCUGCUCUGAAAGAAUUCCAGCCAGUCUUCAAAACGAAGGGUCUCACGAGCUUGCAGCAAAGAUGCUGGCCAUGGCUGCAGUCAACUGAAGUCUUGACCGGUGCUGGAAGAUUUCUUCCAAGGUGGCUCACUCACAUGGCUGUUGGCAGGAGGCCUCAUUCUUCACUUUUUGACUCUGCAGAAACUUGAUGUUUCAGUGAAUCUUUCAAGUUGAAACCAUCGACUCAACAUUUUCCCCCCUAAGAAUAAGAAUACUGAGAAUGAAUAGGACAUUAGAUUAUGGAGCAAAAUGUCUGGGUUUGUGAUAGCUGUGUUUUUUUGGCUCAUCAAUUUAAUGCAGAUGGUUUUAAAGACUGUAAUAAGUGUCUGUUCUUUUGUUCUAAAUAGCAAAAUGAAAAGGUUGAGUAAUCAAAAUUUAUUAUUGAAAUUAGUGUAGUCUAUCUCUUUGGAUGCAGUUGUAGAUUAUUUUGAGACAAAACACUGCAGAUUUGUUGGGGGAAAUGAAUACAUUUUUGUGUAUAUAAUAUUCCCUUCUGUUUUACUUUAAACUGGAUGAUUUUUGAGGAAACUUCCGCAAGAGAUACUUUAUAAUUCUAUACCAUGGUACACAUUCAACAUUCAUUACAAUUUUAUAGCAUGGCAUACAUUCAACACUCAAUUACAUUUCCUUGCCAUCUUGCACACAAAGUACAUACCUGCUUCAGGGCCUUUGCACUUGUUAUUCUUGUUGCCUGAUGGAUCAUUCCCUAGAUGGUCAUGGCCCACUGCCUCAUUUAAGUCCCUGCUCAAAUAUCACUUCCUCAGAGCAGCCUUCCCUGAUUAGCCUAUCUAAAAAUAGCACACUGUCACUAUCCCUUUUGCUGGCUUUCUUUUUCUUCAUAGCACUUAUCCACUGGCUGACUUUAUAUGCUUGCCUUCCCACUAGAAAGUAAAGUCCAUGAAAGCAGGAACCUCAUCAGUAUUGUUCAUUGCUGUAUCCCCAGCACUGGUACAUAAUUUGCUCAAGACAUAUUUGUUGAAAUUAAUUGAAUAAAUUGCAGUUUGACUUUAGAUAUUUACCUUUUUUCCUCCAUAACCAGACAGUAAAUUCAUGGAAGGCAGCCAAAGACCCUGGUUGCUUUUUGAUCCUCUCUAAAGCAAUUAGCUCAGUUCUGCAUGGAUGAUAGACAUUCAACCAAGAUUUACUGAAUGCAUGCCCUGAAACAUGGAUGUGUUGUUAUGGGGCUAACCAGUCAGCAUUCCCUGCAGGUGAACAAACAGUAAUGUCUUGCCUCUCAGCCCACACUUCACAAGGUUCUUUUAUUUAUAUUAACUCAUUUGAUCAUUUUGCCAAAACUUUAGUAGUUCUUGAGGUUUGUCUAAAGAAAUGAGCUUUCAGAUAUAACAAAUAUUAACUUCUGACAUGAACACUUAGUUUGAAUACUUUCUUGCUUAGAUAUCAGUGGCAUUUAAUGUGUUCUUGGAUGCCUGAAAAAAUAUUUUUAAAGACUGAAUAAUGCUUAAAAUAAACAAAUAAAUAAAAAUAAAAACAGCUAUCUUGUCAUGUAACAUGUGCAGGGAGAGAUUUUUGGAAAUGUUCAACAAAGUCUUCAAGGUGAUUAUAUCUAGACAGUGGGACCUUGAUAAUGCUUAUUUUUUUCAGCUUUUCAUUUUUCUUGGUUGAUUUUUAAAACAAAUUUGAAGUUGUCAAAAUAAACCUGUUUCUAAAAUGC